AUGGCACUAUAUGUCGCCCUUUGGCUGGCAUCUGGUGUUGUCGUAUCCCUACUUACCUUUCUCGCUCUGAACAAAUCUCAGAAGGAUGUAGUUCUUAGGAGAUUAGGUCUCUCAAGGCGCAAUGCAUCCCGCCCGAGCACACCGUUACUUGAGAAGCAGCCGCUCUCAAAGCCGCUCUCAUCAUCAACUUUAGAUCUUCAUUCAGCUUUACCUCCAUCUCAAAGGGGCCAACUUAGUAUCAUAGCAGAAACUAUGUCCCCAGAUCAAAAGGAAGCGCUAGGCAAUCUUUCGUUCGACAUGGACACAAUCGCACACUCGCUACUAGGAUUUGAAGAAGACUACCGGACUGCGGAUGACUCGAAGUAUUGCUUCAGCGGCUUCUCUGUACGUGAGCUCAAGGCACUAGGAGACUUUCCCGACUACUCAGUGAUCUCGGAGGUCCCUAUGCCCCAGCCAUACUUGGAAUUUGAUAUCGACCGCGCCAAACCACGGCCAUAUCGGCCAUUCAGAUGGGCAUACCAUCAAACCAUGUCCUUGACCAAGCUCGAGACUGACUGGUGGAUCGAGCUGGAAUCAACAUACAAGGCCCGGAUUGCACAGCGCAAAGAACUCUAUGCGACACACGGCAAGGGCGUGCUAAAUUGGCUCCCCGGCUCGGAACUUGCGUGCAAGGAGCUGAUGGAGAUGGUAUUGCAAUUUAUAUGCGCGCGGUAUCCGCAGUACUUUGUGUUAUCGCCGGACAAGUCGCAGCUGGAGAACAAGAUCCUCGGCACGGUGUCUAUCAUCAAGGAGAAGCAUCCUUUACUUAUCCUAUUAGAUAAUGUUCCUGAAGACUUCAACAUCAUGCUGCGGGACCCGGAAACUGGCUACUACCACCUCCGCGCUGGUAUGACAUGUUCAUCCUUAGGGUGGAAUUUGGGGACCAAGAUGGGGCUCAAACUCCAUGAGAUACACCAGCCAAUCCCAGAUUACAAGGAGAAGAUGCAGUUUAGUAUGGAUCGCUAUUUCUCCAAGAUGCCCGCCAGCAAGCCCAUCCAGCGCGGAUCCUGGGGUCUCGAGGUAGACCAGCCACUCUACAUGCCACCCGGAGAUCCGCAUGAGGGCUACCGAGACACCCAAGACCCGAACGUACCACGAUCCCGUAUCCACCUGCGCGUAGACUGGCAGACGUUACGCCGGCUCCCGCUAUCAGCCGGAGUCGUGUUCAACUUCAAAGCGCUAUUCACGCCCCUGGAAGAACUACGAGACGAACCGUAUGUGCCGAGCCUCGUAUUAAAGGUGUUGAAGGAGGGCAAGGAGAAUCUCAUGAAAUACAAGAAUACCUGGCACACCGAGCACGUGGUGAUUCCGACCCUGGAAGAAUUCGAGAAAGAGCAGAUCGAAAAAGGUAUUAUUGAGAAGGACUGGGAGCCUAAGACGCUUGAUGAUAGCCCCUGGUUUCCUGGGUGGAAGGAGAAGUGGCAUGCGCAACAAGGAUUCUAA